CAGACCAAACGACCGGCCGCGGUGGUACGCACGCAACACACACGAGGCGUCUCGUCUUCGCGCGCUGCCAUUCAGUAUCGUCAGUCGUUCGGUCACGGUCGGUUCUUCGCGCGCGCGUCUUAUCCACCACGUCGUCGUCGUCGUCGUCGUCGUCGUUACGACUUGCCCACACGCUUCCGUCGACGGUCGUGCUUUAGUACUAUAGUGUAUUCCUAGAUUUACCGCACGCCGAUCCCGCAGGAUUUUCAAUCCUUAAAAUUCGGAUUUUUUCGUCUUCACUCCCACCCAUUUUUUUUUUUAAAUUCACUCCCUCCCCCACUGCUCCGAAUACGUUUCCAUGUCGUACGACCCGGUGUGAUAACAUCACAUCACCGCUGACCGACACCUAUAGCUGCCAUGCACCGUCGCAGCCAUCGUACCUGCGGCAGCAGGAGGAAUCGACGAAAUCCACUCCGAUCGUUGCCGCAAAUCGGAUUACUGUUGUUGCUGUUCUCGUGUUUGAGAGUGACGACGUUCAAGCAGCAAGAGUUCAGGGUGGUGCCGAAAAACGUUAGCGCUCGAGAAGGUUCGAAUGUGACGUUGGUCUGCGAAAUCAACGACAUCACUGGUGAUGUCCAGUGGACUAAAGAUGGAUUAGCUCUGGGUUAUGCAGCCGAAAUACCGGGUCAUCCGAGGCACUCUAUGGUGAUCGAUGCCGGAAAUGGGGUGUACAAUUUACUUGUCAGAAAUGUGACAAUAACGGAUGAUGCACUGUACCAGUGUCAAGUGAGCCCCGGGCCGGCGGCGGGGAGCAAACCAAUUAGAUCAUCGGCCACGUUGUCCGUCAUGACGCCGCCUUCGUCCAUUGAAAUAAUAAAUAAAUCCGAAGACUCAAAAUUGGAAGUACAAGAAAACCACGAAGUUACUAUUGAGUGUGUAGCACGAAACUCUAAACCGGCUUCGAGAAUAGUAUGGUUUCGUAACGAUGAAGAAAUCAAUCCCGAACAACGAUCUGACAAUGAUGAAACCGCGGGCGACACAAAAUUAAAACUGUACACCGUCCGAAGCCGAAUAAAAAUAACCGCCAAGUCAAACGACGACCGUGCGAAAUACAAAUGUGAAGCUCAACACAGAGCUCUAACGGAUUCGCUUUCAACCAGUGUUCAGAUAAGAGUAUUAUAUCCACCGGGAGUUCCUCACAUUGAAGGAUACACCGAAGGUGAUAUUUUGGAAAAAGGAACACACAUAAGCCUACGUUGUGUAUCGAAAAACGGAAAUCCACCAACACAACUUGUGUGGUUCAAGAACGACCAAUUGAUUCACAACGUUUACAGUACAACGGAAAAAGUGUCGGAGAGCACGUACUCAUUCACAGCUAAUGUCUCGGACAACAACGCAAGAUUUCGCUGUGAAGCAAAAAACUCAAUUAGCCCACUUCCUCAAUAUGCUGACGUUGUACUCUCAGUGUCAUUUGGUCCUUCUCGCGUCAACGUUAAGGGACCAGACGAAGCGAAACAAGGAGAAUUGAUAACAUUAAGCUGCGAAACCAGCCGCAGCAAUCCAGCGUCAAUAAUAAAAUGGACGGUGAACGGCGAAGCGGAAGAAAACAGUACUUCCGUCAAGGUGCCCGCUCCGCAGUCCAGCUGGAUAACAAAGUCCAACGUAUCGUUUGUCAUACCGACCGGACAGCGUUUCGUGGCGGCCACAUGUCAGUCCGAAAAAGUUACCGACACCCAUAGAAUCAACGUACUACACCCGCCCGGAGCGCCGAUCAUAAUCGACCAUUCGUCUGGUAAUCCAAUUCCAUCGGGAAAUGUACACAGAAUAACUUGUCUAUCUACUGGCGGCCAUCCACUGGCUUCGGUCACUUGGUUUAAAAACGAUAAAAAGGUACAUUCAAUUGUAACAAAUGGGGAAAAUUCGGUUUCGGCUGAAUUGGCAUUCGUGGUCAAUUAUACGGAUAAUGAUGCUACUUAUAAAUGUGAAGUGACUCAUCCGGCUUUAACGGUUCCUUUGAUGAAAACGCAGAAACUCAAAGUUCUAUUUUUACCCGAUCACUUGAACAUCAAACACGAACCGGUGCACCUGAAACCGGGCGUGCAGGCUACGCUCACGUGUGAGGCGACGUCCAGCAAUCCGGCGGUGAAGAUGAAAUGGUGGCACCAGGGUGUGCAGGUCACCGAGGACGUGUACAGUUUCACCAAGCCCGGGCUACACGGCGGCAAGCUGUCCACCAUACAGCUGACCGUGAACGUGACGCCCGAAAUGGACGGCAGAGUGUACAUGUGCCAAGCCUCCAACACGUUAAUGUCCAAGAGCUUAAACAAAGAAGUCACGCUCAACGUAUAUCACAAACCAACUUUUGAUUCGUAUCCCGACUUAAUUACGUACACAGAAGGGGAUAACAUAUUCAUCACGCUGCAGGCAAGAGGUCAGCCUUCGCAGAUCACUUAUAAGUGGUUCAAAAACAACAAACCGUUGUAUUCAUCACACAACCGGCGUGUACAAGAUUCCAAUAUAAAUAUUACCGGUGUGUUCCGUGACGACGCUGGAAAUUACACCUGCGAGGCGAGCAAUACUGAAGGGUUUUCAACUGCUUGGUUCAUAAUAUCAGUAAAACAUCGAGCAACUAUUACUAAUACUUCAAGUGGCGUCACUGUAAGCGUUGGUGAGGACACACAGCUUUCGUGUCGAAUAGAUGGAUUUCCAUUAGGUCCGGAUCACAUAAGUUGGACUCGUCCAAAUUUUUUCUUUGACGAACGCACAUCAAUAUUACUCAAAAAUUCUACUUCAUACUUGACUAUUUUAAAUGCCACACAAUUGGAUAGUGGACUAUUUUAUUGCGUCGUUAACAACGGUAUAGGGAACGAAUCAUCGCAAUCUGUAAUGUUGAUCGUCGAACAUAAACCUGAGAUACUAACAAUGGAAAAUGAAUCAAAAACUGCUAGCAAUGCUGGUAUGUCAGCUAAACUUCAUUGUCGAGCAGUAGGCGCUCCAAUGAUUAGAUUUUCUUGGGAACGUGAUGGGUCGAACAUAACAAGCGUCCCUGAUAAAUACAUUGUGGAACAGAGACAAGUGAACGAAACGUUUUACGAGUCGACGCUGACGAUACUGCAUGUGGACCAGUACAAUUACGGCGAUUACGUGUGCACCGCGUCCAACAAACUCGGCCGGACGACUUCGGUCAACCGGUUGACCGUCUUCUCGCACCCCGACCCGCCGUAUAAUGUCCGAUUGGCGAACGUCACGCACAACAGAGCGAUGCUGACGUGGACCCCCGGAUUCGACGGAGGUGAACCGGUUACGUACCGUAUUCGGUUCCGAGCAUUCGACAACAAAAUGUACCGGUAUGAGGACCUAGGAAACGAAACCCAUCACACGAUCAUCGGACUCGAACCAUCAACGACGUAUUUGUUCAGCAUCAUGGCCCGUAACAUGUAUGGAGACAGUUCUUACGUGUCCCAGAGUCUUAAAGUAACCACAACAAAGGAAAAUGUGCAAACAAAGCCCGAUUCGAAUCAAGAGAAGCCGGUUGAUGAUCAAGGAAUGCGCAUCGUGUUUACUUUCUUGGGAGUUUUUGGUGGUAUUUUAAUACUCAUCAGCAUAUUUAUUGUGUCGUAUUGCAUACACAGGCGUCGUAAUGUUAACAAACAAAUAAACAACGAAAACAACGAUUCUAGUAGCAAAACUCCUACCAUAGAAAUGUAUGCACCGAAUACCUAUAACGGUGGAUACGAAGAAAACUUAAGCUCAAUUUCAGCCAAAUCGGAAACCUAUUCAAAUGUUUCUCCGGAUUAUAACGACGAUCAACAGCAAAAGUCUGCCGAACAAUCGUAUUUGAUCGAACAGAUCGAUUAUCCUUUCAUCAACGAUUGCGAUCAUCCCCUACAGCCACACGUUCAAUACGGCGGUGCUCUAAGUAUGAGCUCUGACCAAUCAACGCAACACUACAAUAUGCACGAAAACACAAACGACAGAAGAAAUAUCGAGAAUCGGACUUCCCACCUACACCACCACCAUCACCUCCACCACCUCCACCAAAACCAACAGCAUCCACAGCAUCAGCAGCAGCAACAGAAUCAGCAUAAUAUUCAUCAUCAUCUCCAUCCUCAGCAGCAGCAGCAGCAGCAGCAGCAGCACCACCUCCUACACCAUCAUCAGCAACCUCACCAUGCCGCGCCGGGCGUACCCACUGCUCGGGCCGUGCCGUUACCACCGAUUUUGCACAACCGACCGGUGCCACCUCCGACGAUACCGCCAAUGGUCAGCAAGCUCAACUAUUACUCGCCGCCGCCCCCACCGCCGCCGCCGCCCGACGUCACGGUGUUCUCGUCGCAAAACGUCCUCACCACUUUCGCACACAAACCGGACGAGACGGAAGGACACUUGGUCUGAGUCCGACGUUUCCGCUCAAACCCGCCCGCCCGCCCGUCUGCCGCACCACCGCCGCCGCCGCCGCCGACAUACAGCGAAUUUCCUGUCAUACGAAUUGCGUGCGAUUCGUUCGACGCUGAAAUUCGUCGGAAACCCAACCCACACGAAAUAUAAUAUACAGUUAUCCCAAUCGGGUCACUCUGUUCACGCCGGAAAAGGCGAUCCCCUCUCCCCUAUUUGCACGAUCUAAAUAGAAACCUUGGAGCUGCAUACGACUGGCGCGACGCUUGUACCUAUUAUAAAAUGGGAUGGACGGAUAGCAAUAUUCGUGUUUGGCCACGACCUUCGUUUUCGUUUUUAAUAACAAAAUAAUGAGCUACCCGAAAAAUGUACAUAAUAAAAUUCUGUUUGCCCGAAACCUUUUACGAUAAACUUAGUCUGUGGGUGGAUCCUCGAUGGAGCGGUUAGUGGUAACCUGCAGUACCCACGUGUUAUUAUUAUUAUUAUAGCUAUUCGCUUUCUGCAUGCUUUUACUCCUUUCAUAUAAUAUGAGACUCAGUGUUUGUCAAUUACUCGUUAUUCGGCUACCGUUUAAUUUUAUUACUAUAUGAUAUUCGUGAACCUAAUACCUAUUAAAAAUGUAAGGUUUACUCGUUAGUCAUGAAUGUAAUUAAUUUGUGUUGUUGAAAUUGUUAAAAAGUCGAAAAUUCAAAUAUUUUAAACAUAUUAUAUAUAUAAAAAAAAAAAUAGUAUAAUUAUUAUAUAAUUUAGGAAUCAAAUAUUAAUCGUCACCUUAAACUGCAUUGGAAAUUUGCAUUCAAGAGGAUGAGAAGUUUUGUUAUAAACUUAUAAAGUAUGUAGUAAGGAAUUGUCUAUUAUUAUCUGUUAACUGAUAUUAUAAAAAAAAAUUUCCAAUUUUCCGACAUCAUUCAUAUGAUAUUAUUGUGUAAGUGUGUCUCCCCCUGACGAGAUUUGUUCGGUUAAAUGUGAAAACUUCAUCACCUGUAAUAAUAAUAUUAUUAUUAUUAUUUAUAUAUUAUAAACAUAUAAAAUAAUAUCAUUUAUAUAAUAUGUAUAAAGCAUUAUAUAUUGGUAUAUAUAUUCUAGUCACGAAUAAACAUUUUUAGCUUAGAUAUUAUUAUAUACUUAAACAACGUGUGCGUUUAUUAUUUACACAUAAAUGUAAGGUUUGAAACAAAUAUAUAAUAUAUAAUACGCGUAUACUCAUAUAAUAUACCAAAAGACGAUUUCUUAAAAUAAUAGUUUGUGCCACCAACAAAUGAAGAGAUUAUUCACUAUCGACUCAUGUAGGAAUUACGUCAAAUACUUAUGCAAAUCUUAAAGCGUUGGUUGCCACUUUAUUUUAUGCUCUUCUACAAUUACUUAUUGUGAUCUCGAAAAGAUGUAAAAUUGUUUUAUUUUAACUAGUCUUUUAAGUCUAUAUAACUAUUAUAAGCGCACCGAAAAUGUUGGUUGACUGAACCGUGUUUUUUUUUUUAACCUAAAAUAGCUUUUCAUUAAAUUAUUCAUACAACAAUUUAUUAAUUAGCUAUUAUAUUUUGUUUUAUUUUUCAUUUACUACAUUAAGACUUCAAUGUGUAUGUAUUCUUUACUACAAUUUUCUUGCUAUUGAGUUUCGUUAAGUUUUUGUUUUCAUUUAAACACUUAAAAGUAAGUAAAGCAUAUUAUUAUGAUGUACCUAUUAUAUUAAGUUCUUUACACGCUUAUGUAUAUGCCUAUUGACUAUAAAUAUAUAUGAGUUUAUAUUGUUUAAUAAAUUCAUCUACCUACCUACAUCAUAUAAUUGUACAAUUUAUUUUUAAGUUUAUUCAUUAUUUAAAUAAUAAUUCUUAUGUAGAAUAAAGAUAAUGUAAAAAGAGUCAAA